CGCCAACAAACUGCUACGAUCGUGACUUCCGGGCUUCGACGACUCCCUUGUGGAAUCAACCACUUUUCAUGAUGCUUGUCCACAUGGAACCGGAACCUGCUCGCCCCUGACCGUUUCAUCCAUCCACAUUCGGGCCCAUCAGUCGCUACUUUCCAAGGUUGAGGUGAUGGUUGGACUUGUCCUCCAUACGCUCGCACCUGUUCCUAGUGGAGACGACCGAGUAGUGGGGUGCGGAAAGGUCCCAGAUCGGUCCACAUGCACAGAAAGGAUGACUUUGCUGACCGCUUUCAAAAUUAACCCUCCUCCCGCCUCGACAACGGCUCGAAACCUCACACAAAAAUGGCCGUCGGGGAUUUCUUUCUGCUGCUGCGAGGCCUCGUCCUGGUCGUACCAUGGGCUCUCUACUUGGUGAUUAUGGACCUGAUCCUGUCCUUUCUUCUCCCCUUCAGCUACCUUUUCCCCAAUUUCAUCUACGAUGCCUCCUCGGCCGUGGCGUUCAGCAAUUGGAAUUGGAUCCAAUGCAUAUUCGAGGUCUUCAAUGGCGGACAGAUCAAUAUGUCUGGUGACGAACUGCCAGAAUGGGAAUCGGCUAUUGUGAUCUCAAAUCAUGUAUCGUGGACCGAUUUUUACAUGAUUCAGGCGAUGGCUGUGCGUGCCGGCAUGCUGGGACGCUGUCGAUGGUUUGCCAAAAUCGAACUUCGCUGGGUGCCAUUGCUAGGCUGGGGAAUUUGGGCAAUGGGCAUGCCAAUGGUCAGCAGAAACUGGCUAAAAGACCAGAAAGAAUUGGACCGUGUCUUUCACGGAGUGGUGGUGAAGAAAUGGCCAACUUGUAAGUUCAGAGCCAAGCUUGCAGGAAAACACAAUUGACUGACAGCUUGCCAGGGUUGAUCAGUUUCAGCGAAGCCACGAGAUAUACCCCCAAGAAAUAUGAAAUCGCAAAGGAAUGGUGCAAGGAAAACAAUAAACCGCUUCCAAAACAUCUUUUAUACCCACGAACGAAAGGCUUCGUUACCACCGUGCAGCACUUGCGCAAAGCUACCCAUGUCAAGGCUGUAUACGAUAUGACCAUCGCAUACGGUCAUGGCACUAAAUUCUUGGAAGCGCCAACGAUAUGGGAGUCUCUCAGUCGCGGUGACUUAAGUGGCAAAAGAGGCUAUAAAUUUCAUGUACAUGUGAAAAGAAUACCAUUGGUCGACUUACCAAUGGACGAUGCGGGACUAGCUAAAUGGCUAGAGAAAAGAUGGAUUGAAAAGGGAGAGUUUUUAGAGGAGAAGAGAGAAGAGUGGGCACGACAACCAACCUCGUUUAACAAGAUCGCGUAUUAAAUGUAAGAAAACGGUGGAUAAAUAUUCCGCCGAUGCCGUAUAUAUUUCGCCUUCCCUAGUAUAUACAAAUCAGGAUACUUUUCCAGAAGAGCGGUGCUCAUUUUCUUUGUGAUGAGCUUCCACUUUUUCUAUUCAAGCCCUAUUCCAGUAUGGCGUUUACUGUGGGUGGCAAGACCACAAAGAACCAACGGACUUUUUAACAUCACUAUCUCCAAACUUCCAGAACAUAAUACCUGGGGUAAACCGAAGUCUCUGCAUUCCAGAGAGCUUCCUAAGAGCAAUCCCUAAUAUUCAAACAUACCAUCCCUCUAUUUACCCACCUAAAACACAACCACCCAUCAACAACGGGACCUCACCAUCCCAUCUCAAAAGAGCAUUCUAUAAAAGAUAUGCCCUUCCGGGCCUCCCGAAUCCAAACCCGCAUCCUCAACACCGACGACCACAACCCCUCCGACAUCUCCCAAUCCUACAUCCCCCUCCCUAGACGCAACAUACCUCUCCCUCCCCUCACCACUCUCCAAAGCCUCCGAGGAAAGCAAUUUCUUCUCGCCCACAAACAGCAUAAACAGCACCAUGUCCUCCGCCUCGACCUACCACCCCUCUCUCCCCUCCACGCCUAUCGCCAAAUACCUGCCCACAUGGUGGAACAAGCGCAACGCCAACAAAGGCAUGGAGCGGAUGGAGGAGGGUGAGGAUGUUAAUGGGAUGGGCAAUCCGAUUGGGGGCGCGAGACAAGCUAGGAAGAAGAGGAUUAAAGGCGCGAUUGAGAUGGUGGGUAUGGCGUCUGCGGUCUUUGCAUUGUUGGGGUUGGUGGUUGCUUGUAUUGGGUGGAUGCAUAUUAGGAGUGGACCGAAGGGUGGGAAGGAGCUGCUUGGGAGGGCGGAGGUGGUUGAUUGGUAUCGGAGGGAGACUUGAGGGUGGUGGUGGCUUUUGGGAUAGGUGUUGGGAUGGAACUUACUAACUGUAGGUUGAAAUGCCUGAAGAAGUGGGUCAUGUGAGGGGGUUGCUUUCUUCGGUAGGUAGGUAAGAGGGUUGGGAGGAAGGGAAAUGGGGAUUGUGUAAAUUGUAGAUAGUUAAGG